GUGUAAAUAUUCUCUGUACUGUUUAGGCCUCCAUUCACUGGUGAUAAAUAUGCAGGGUGUUUGCCGAUGACCUGAUUUUAUUUCCCCGCAAGGAGAAAAGGACAGGAAGCGCGGAUGAGAUUUAUGUCGGCGGAAUAAAAACAUCUCGCGGCUGAGAUCCCCGCAUCUUCCCCUUUAACGAAGCGCAGUGAUGAGACGCUGGGCAGCAGCGGCUGUGUGCUCAUCGGGUGAUCUGUGUCACAAUGUUGUCCAGCCUCGUCUGAUGAGAUAACGAAGAUGCUUCUUUUACAUUAAUCGGAUUUGCUGUUGACUCCGCGGAGGAGGAUAAGGAGGAGGAAGAGGAGGAGGAGGAGGAGAUCUUUCAUUCUGGGCAGAUUUUCUGGCCCACAUGCAGCCGAAAUCUGAAAUUGUUCAUUUUCAAGGACGCGCUCGUCAUCAUUUUUCUUUUCCACCGGCGAAUGAUUUGUGCUGGAAAAUUAGAUCACGAAAGCUUUUGUCUCAGUUGUGCUGAGAAGCUGAAGAAAAUGACCGCAUAUGCUGCGAUUAAUAAUUAGACGCUGGUUGUGGGUAUUUGCGACGCAUGGCGUAGGUUUUGCUUUAAGGAUGUGACCAGACAGGAAACACUGGUUCCUCGCUCCGCUGCCUCCCAACAGUCGCUCAUGAUGCCAAGGGCUUUGCGGAGACUGGUUCACUUGGUGCUGUUCUGCCCUCUGUCCAAAGGUCUGCAGGUAUGCGUGGACAGCGUCAUGUCAGUCUGCUGUCCUGUGUUGCUAUGACAGGGUCCUCUCGGUCCUCUAAUUACCUGCAUGCAUGUCAAACUAUCAGGGCAGCAUCUGCGUGGAAGGCAUCUGAGUCCAGCUCACAUGGAUCCAAAAUAAUGUCGUGAAUCUGAAAAAAAAAAAAGAAAAAUGAUAAACUAGUCGGUAUCUUAGCUGUCCUGUCAGGUUCCUCAGGCCUCCCUGGUUCAAAGUUUCAUUUUAUUCACGUACAGAUAUUUAAGUGCAAUUUGGCUUCAUUCAAGUACCGUAUUUCACUUACUACAUUAGGCCCUACUUUCACUUCUUCACGUCCAAAUAGACAUAUUAUUGAUUACCAUUCACCACACAACAUUUAUUUAACAGCUUUAUGAGUUGCUUGUCACAUUUUUAAAGAUUUUCAGAAAUUCUCAUUCAAAAAACGAUAAGGAAUUGGAAUUUUAAUUUGUGGUUGCCAACCUUAUUCUCGUUUGUCUUGGCUUAUGGCCCUUUAUUUAAGAGUCUAGUUUUAAAAUGAACACAACUUUGUGCAGCUGAACUUUGUUGUGUUUUUUUACUUGUGUCCUCCUCUCAUUAAUAAUCACACGAGCCUUCAGAUUUUUGUUUGUAUGUUGUGCCCCCCUCGUUUGGAACCAGCAGUCUAACUGUGUACAAAGUGAUUAAAACCAGUUCCACUGUGACCAGCUGUAAAAUGCUGUUUAUGCAUCAUCACUAACAAUCUUAAUUAAUGUUAUAUGUAAUGAUAUGUCAGACACGUCAGCCAUUUUUCGCCUCCUGUAGUCUACUUUUACCUUUAAUACUUUAAAAUAUAUUUUGCUUUUAAUCUUGAGUAUUUUUACUUAAGUGGGGUUUUGAAAGGAAAAGGAAGGCAUCGAUUUUUAAUAUGACAUCACAUUAAUGCAUUGAUUUCAUCACUGCAUUUCAUCCUGGUUUUAUCCUGAGUUCAAAUGAGCAGCUGUUCUUUCAGUCACUGUGGUUUAGUUUUAUUUUUUACCGUCGGUUCUCACGUCUCUUUGGUUUACUGUGUUUUCUUUUCUCUCACCCUCCUAAAGACUCGGCUCCCGGCCAUUAAGGUGAAGUACCUUCUGCUGGCGUGGCUGGGCAUCCUCAUCGCCAGCUGGGUCAUCUACAUGCAGUAUGCUUCUUACUCUGAACUCUGCCGCGGCCACGUCUGCCAUAUGGUCAUUUGUGAUCACUAUAGAAGGGGCAUAAUAUCAGGCUCAUCCUGCAAAGCAUUGUGCGAUCAGAGGACUCUUACGCUGCAGCGCUGCAUGUCCACCUCCUCCACACAUCAGGUUUACAGUGGACUGUGGAAGGAGAGACCUGUUGUGAUCAAGUGCGGUAUCGAGGAUCCAGUCAGGACUGAUGGGGCUCCAGAUUCUGUACUGCGACAGGAGAUGAGCUUAUUUGACAAACCCACUCGUGGAACCUCCAUGGAUGAAUUUAAAGAGAUGCUGCACAGUUUCCUCAAGGCUAACCUUGGGGAGCAGUCAUCUUUGAGCACCUUGGUGGAUCGGGUCAUCAACCUGGCUGAUGUCAACCAGGAUGGCAAAGUGUCUCUGGCAGAGGCCAAGUCCAUCUGGGCUCUUCUCCAGAUCAAUGAGUUCCUCCUGAUGGUGGCGCUGCAGGAGAAGGAGCACACCCCCAAGCUGCUGGGCUUCUGUGGAGACCUGUAUGUGACAGAACGUGUAGGCCACAGCUCCCUCUACAGGCUAGAGGUGCCUCACUACCUGCAGGCUCUGGUCCCAGAGGCCCUGAGCUCCAGCCUGAACCACUGGCUCGCACCAGCCUGGCCCCGCAGGGCUCGCAUCACCAUCGGCCUGCUAGAGUUUGUGGAAGAAGUCUUCCACGGGUCCUAUGGGAGUUUCCUAAUAUGUGAUGCCAGCCCUCGCCAUGUGGGCUACAAUGCAAAGUACGACUGUAAGAUGGCCAACCUGCGCAGUGUGGCCUCUGAGGCAGUUGUCCGAGGAUUUUUGAGGGGGCGGCGAUGUGAGACAAAUGCAGACUGUACUUAUGGCCGGGACUGCACAGCCACCUGUGAUCGACUGGUGAAGCAGUGUAACACUGAGGUUGUACAGCCCAAUCUUGCAAAGGUGUGUGUGCUGUUGCAGGAUUUUCUGCUUUUUGGAGCACCCUCAGACCUCCGGGGGGAUCUUGAAAAGCAGCUACGGACCUGCGUGACACUCAGCGGUCUGGCAAGCCAGAUGGAGGUGCAUCACUCACUAGUCCUUAACAAUCUGAAGACAUUACUGUGGAAGAAAAUUUCUAACACUCAGUACUCUUGAAAACAGAAAGAUUAUCUAACUUGUACCUCUACACAAUGAGUGAAUUAUUACAUGAAUAUUAGUAGUUUCUGCUUAUGAAGAUUCGCCAAACGUUGUAGAGGCCGGUGGUUAAUAAUAAACACUUAACGCUUUUGCCUCUCAGUCCUGGGUUCAGUUCCUGGCUUGUGCAGGGCCUCUCUGUGCGCAGUUUGCAUGUUCUUCCCAAGUCUGCGUGGGUCUCCUACGGGUGCUUUGGUUUCACCCACCAUCAAAAACGUGUAUGUUAGUUCAAUUCUCCAGUCAGUGCCUUGGUCAAGGGCACUGACUGGAGUUGGUUCGCACGCCUUGUACAAUGACUGCCUUCUUCUCCUAAUCCUUAGGAUGGGUUAAAUGUAGAGGUUCAAUUUCACUAUACAUUGUACUGUGUAUGAUUGUGUAUGUGACAUAAACCUGGCCUUGGCCAUUUUCCCUCUGCGCUGACUGUGAAGAGCAGAAAACUGUGAAAUGAUAGCUGGACAGCAGGAAACAGCAGCUGAUUCAGACUUACUUUUAUAAAACCUCACACAAGCCCCACCGUGCUUUUAUUUUACAGAGCAUUAUUUGUUCCAUCGGUUCACAGCUGGGACACACUGGCUGCCUGAGUCGCAGGUCCUGCCUAUUUAUCCCGCACCAUGCAUACUCCUAGCAAAAAUAGACCUGAAAAUGAUUCGCGGACAUCACGCCGGCGUUACAGCAACAGACGUGACAAAAUCAUCAGGUGACAGCCAAUAUUUUUCCGUUGUGCUCACUCUCUCUGAAGGACAGUUAACAGAAAUGUCAUCAGCAUCAUUACCGAUCCUUAUUAAAAUCAGACUUUGUGUAGAAAGAUCAACCGUUGCAACGCUGCAGCGAAAACGCUUUGCAGCAGUUCAGUGACGCCGCCGUCACGCUCUGCUCGCACAGCCUGCGUGGCCCGGGCAGACAUUAUCCUCAGGGCACUGCCAGUGACUAUAUCUGUAAAAUCUGUGAGUAAAUAAUCAGGUUUUUUUUAAAUAGUUUAAUAGAAUAUUUGUCCCUAGUAGAGGCAGGAAGUUUGACAUGCUGUGAUAGUUUAUGUGCAAAUGUAAACAGUAUUGGAACAUGUCUUGUGUAAAAAUGCAUUUCCAUCUGAAGCAGUGAUAAGAUACGAAUAAUAGAAGGAAUAAUGCAUACAUAGAGUAGCACUGAAACGUCACUCCCAGUAUUGAUCUGAUAUUGAUAACGUAUUGAGAUUGACCUGAACAUACUGGACUUGUAAAGGACAAUCAGACGCAAUUAAACUUGAAUGAACUUUUAAUUCAUGAAU